CUGGAGGCCGUGGUGGCGGACGCUGCCGCUCUCGGCCAGCUGAGGGCUGGCUGCCCCUCCCCUGUGUCGGGUGUUGAAGACUUUUUAGAGAAGACCUUGGCCUUGGAGCGGCACGGGGGUUUGGACCCAGUCUAUGGAGAAACCGCCCGAGCAGAUGUCCCUGGAUUCCCCGUGUCCAUCCCCCUCGCAGGAGCCUCGAAAGACCAAGGAUGGUGAGACCUGGACUGAGGAUCAAUUAAUUAUAAAGCAGAAAACUCUUGAAGUAGGGACACGACUACAUGAAGGAGAUGAAUGUGAACAAAACAAACAUGAGGGACCCUAUGAAUAUGGACGAAACUUCAGUAAUAUGUCAGACUUCAUCCAGCAGUCAUAUGUUCUUAUUGAAGAGAGGUCUCAAAUGUGCAAUGUGUGUGGGAAAUUAUUCAGGCGGAAUGCAUACCUUAUUCAGCAUAAGAAAAUCCAUACACAAGAGAAGCCUUACAAGUGUCGUGAAUGUGGAAAAGCCUUUGGCCAUAGUUCAAAUCUGUCUCAGCAUCAAAGAAUUCAUACUGAGGAGAAACCCUAUGAAUGUGAUGAGUGUGGGAGGGCCUUCCGGCGCAGCUCACACCUCAUCCAGCAUCAGGUCACCCACACAGGAGAGAUGCCUUACCUGUGUAACGAGUGUGGAAAAGCCUUUGGCCGGAGUUCAAGUCUCCUCCGACAUCAGAGAAUCCACUCUAGGGAGAAACCCUAUGAAUGUACCGAAUGUGGGAAGGCCUUCAGCCAGAGCUCACAUCUAACAGAACAUCAGCGAGUUCACACCAAAGAGAGACCCUACAAGUGCAGUGACUGUGGGAAAGCUUACAGUCGGAACUCACACCUUGUUGAACAUCAGAGGGUCCAUACAGGAGAGACUCCUUAUGGCUGUAAUGAGUGUGGGAAAUCUUUCAGUAGGAGUUCACUCUUUUUCAAACAUCACAGAAUUCACACUGGAGAAAGACCCUAUGAGUGCAGUGAAUGUGGGAAGGCCUUUAGUUGCAACUCCUACCUCAUUCAGCACCAGAAGACUCACAGUGGAGUAAAAUCUUCCAAACAUAAAGAAUGUGGGAAAUCCUUCAAGCACAGUUCAUACCUUAUUCAUCACCUGGGAACCCAUACAAGAGAGAAACCAUAAAUGAAGUGAAGGUGGUAAAGCCUUUGGUCAGAGUUCAGCUCCAACAUCAGAGAACUUGCACUGGGGAGGAAACCUUUGUCUGUAGAGAAUGUGGACUGUCUUCAGUCAUAGUUCACCUCUUACUAAGACCUGAGAAUCCACACAGUUGAAAAAUCUCUUAUGCAUUCAGUGCAUGAGAACCUUUAGGUAGAGUUCCCACCUUACUCACCAUUGGUCAGUUCAUGUUGGGGGAAUGGUGGGUAUGGGGAGAGCCUUGCGGUUUGUCGGAAAGGGGCGUGAAAGGGGUAGAGUGACGCCAUAGAGGGGGUGACUGAAAUGGAACCUUUAAUUUGCACUACUUUUUAUUUGAUCUUGAGGAUCUACAUCAGAGGGAGAUGCUAUGGUUUGUUUUUCAAAUCUCUACAGUCAUCCUCUGAAAACAGGAUGAGUUAGGUCCACUCCACGGAAGAACACAUCAGGGGGAUUCAGACUCAUGGAUCAGGAAAACAGCAGGAUGACCUUUGAAACCAGUAGUUUCCUUCUACCUCACCUGUCCUGUUGGUUGUCACUGUACAUGGAAGUGGCUCUUGGGUUUACUAGGGCCACCAUUUUCGUUCCUCAGUAUCCUGCAGACUACUGAAUCUCUCUUUGUUUUAUAUGUUAUAGAAGCUUUAAAUAAA